CAGUGGGUCAAAGCCAGGUGUUGGUUGGUUGGCCCAGGAGUUAGCGAGUAUUUUUAACCAUGCAGGGAUAUAAAUAGAGUGUAAAGUGACAAAAACACAGUACAGAUACAACUGCAACGACUGUUUUCAACAUUUCCUGUUGCCUCAAGUCCUGUGGUUCUGGUUGCCAAGUUAGAGUUUAUUACUGAAAUAUGGAGGAGGUGUAUGAUGCUGCGGAGGAUGACUGGGAUGAUGAUGAAGAUGAGGCCACUCAGUACAUGAUUGAACAGAGUCUAUUGGAGUGCAGCAAACAUGCUGAUUCAGCAACCAGCAGUGAUCUGUUGGACCUCAUUGACCAUGAGGAAAUUUUCACUGCUAUACAAGCUGGUAAUGAGGAUGCUUUGAAGGUCCUGGUGCAGCAUAAGGAGGCUCUGUCUAAUGCAGACAGCAGGGGCUGGAUCCCUUUGCAUGAGGCAGCGGUGCAACACAAGAGGAGCAUUCUGGAGAUCACUUAUGCAGCAUCUCCUCAGGGGUCAGGGCAGUGCCGUACUCUGAGAGGGGAGACUCCGUUGUUUCUCGCUGUUGUUCACGGUCUCAGAGAGAAUGCUACAUUCCUGCUGCAGAACGGUUGUGACCCUGACUGCAAAAAUGAGGAUGAUGACUCUGCAUUGGUUGCAGCCAUAAAGAAUGACCAGUAUGACCUGGCUCUGCUGCUGCUACGCUACAAUGCCACAGUGGACCAAAAAGGAAGUCUUCAAAGAACUGCUCUGCAUGAAGCAUCCGUGCUUGGCUUGGAUAACUUUGUCUACCUGCUUCUACAAUCUGGCGCUGACCCAAAUGCCAUUGAUGUGUGUGAACAUACUCCUGUAGGACUUGCGGCUCAAGCUGGACAUUUUAACGUUGUGGAGGUUCUGCUUCAGAAAGGGGCCAGUGUGUGGUCCAAACCUCAAGUUCCAGGUUCAGCUUCAGUUUUAUUUGAUGCUGCGGCUUCUGGAAACCCUGAUAUCAUUUCACUGCUGCUGGAGUAUGGAGCCGAUCCCAACGUGCCCACCCACACAGGCCAUCUCCCCAUCCACCGUGUAGCCUACCGAGGACAUCUACUAGCACUGGAGCAGCUGAUCCCUGUGACUAAGAAAGAGGUGAUCAAAGAGAGCGGCAUGAGCCCGUUACACUCCGCCGCUGCAGGCGGUCACACCCAGUGCCUGGAUCUGCUCCUGAGCUCCGGGUUUGACCCUAACUUCAUGCUACACCCCAGAGUGCGCAGGAACUAUGAGGACGAACGCAGGUCAGCGCUGUUCUUCACUGUAUCAAAUAAUGAUGUCCAGUCAGCAAGGGUGCUUCUGGAGGCCGGAGCCAUGCCCAAUCAAGACCCAGUCAACUGCCUGCAGGUAGCCAUGCGACUGGGCAACUACGAGCUCAUCAACACUCUGCUACGCUACGGUGCCAAUGUAAACUACUACUCCCGUGUCAACACCACCCACUUCCCUUCCGCCCUUCAGUACGCACUAAAGGAUGAGGUGAUGCUGCGCAUGCUACUCAAUAAUGGCUAUGAUGUGCAGCGCUGCUUUGACUGUCCGUAUGGACAGGCCUCACAUGUGCCCGUGGAUUAUGAGGGCUGGAGCGCCUCUGUCAUCAAAGACGUGGUGUUCUGUGAGGUGAUCACAGUGUACUGGCUCAAGCACAUCUCAGCACAAGUAGUGAGAAUCAUGUUGGAUUAUGUUGAUCACGUGACUCUCUGCUCCAAACUGAAGACUGUUCUGGUUGAGCAAAAACAGUGGCCGGAAAUAUGUAAGAUUCAAGAAAACACUCGAAGCCUGAAGCAUCUCUGCAGACUGAAGAUUCGUGAUUGUUUGGGUCGCUUGCGUCUGAGGGCUCCAGUUUUUAUCAGUUUCCUGCCUCUGCCUGCCAGUCUCAAAGACUAUAUUCGCUUCAAAGAAUAUGAUAUUUACAGUAGAGGAAGUAUGACAGAAUAAAACCAGAUGGAUAAAUCUGUA